CUUGGACUCCACACAUCUAAUAAAAGAGCUGACAGAGCAGUGUCCAAGUAGGCAGUGAUGGGUGACAAACUGGAUAAUUCUGCAAUGACAACCAUGGAGUUUGAGGACAGUUCAAAACAAUGCAGACCAACAAGACGAGAGCAGCUUUCAAGCUGUGUAGCUAAACAUGGACAAGCUGCUGCAGUGUGUCUGGGGCUGCUGUGUCUUCUCCUCCUGGCUAUAGUCAUCGGCCUGGUGGCACACCGUGAGUUGGACAUUACUUGUUCAGUUGUUGUAGACAACCUGACUAAAGAGAGGAACCAGCUACAAACCAGUCUCAACAACCUGACUGAAGAGAGGAACCAGUUAUGGACCAGUCUCAACAGCAUGACUCAAGAGAGGAACCAGUUACAGACCAGUCUCAACAGCACGACUCAAGAGACGAACCAGUUACAGACCAGUCUCAACAGCAUGACUCAAGAGAGGAACCAGUUUCAGACCAGUCUCAACAACAUGACCCAAGAGGGGAACCAGUUUCAGACCAGUCUCAACAGCACGACUCAAAAGAGGAACCAGUUACAGACCAGUCUCAACAGCACGACUCAAGAGAGAAACCAGUUACAGACCAGUCUCAGCAGCAUGACUCAAGAGAGGAACCAGUUACAGACCAGUCUCAACAGCAUGACUCAAGAGAGGAACCAGUUCCAGACCAGUCUCAAUAGCACGACUCAAGAGAAACAUCAGCUGGAAAUGGAGAUUGAAAGACUAAGGCUGAAGAUAACAGGCAUGGGAAACUAA